AUGUCAUAUACUGUCGAUACUGAUGUCUGCCUGUUUGAUUUAGAUGGUACUAUCGUAAGCACUACAGUUGCAGCAGAAUCUGCAUGGAAAAAAUUAUGCUCAAAAUAUAAUGUUAAUCCAAUAGAAUUCUUUAAAGUGUCGCAUGGGUCAAGAACAGAGGAGAUGUUAAAGAUAUAUUUCCCGGAAGUUGAUAACACCGAUAAUAAAGGUGUCUUUGAAUUAGAGAAGGAUAUCGCUGACAAUUACUUGGAUACUAUUAGAUUAAUCCCUGGUGCGAAAGAAUUACUGUUGGCAUUGGAUAGUAAUCCUCAAGACCAGACUGCCAAUUAUAAUCUAAAAGGUGAGAGGAAAUGGGCUAUUGUUACUUCGGGUACUAGAUACAUUGCAUUUUCAUGGUUCAAGACAAUCUUAAAAGAUGUUGGUAAACCCACAGUUUUCAUCACCGGUGAAGAUGUUCAUGUCGGAAAACCGAACCCGUUAGGUUAUAACAUGGCUAAAGAGAAACUAUCGUGUAUAUUAAACGUAAACAAGGACAAAUGUCGUUCCGUAGUCUUUGAAGAUGCACCGGUAGGGAUUCAAGCAGGGAAUAGUAUGGGUGCUACCACAAUCGGUAUUGCAUCCUCAUACUCCCCUGAGAAGCUAAUCGAAGCAGGUGCGGACUAUGUGGUCGAGGAUUUAACCCAUGUCACUGUUAUCAGCAACCCUGAAACUGGUGCCAUUACUUUGAAAAUUUCAGAUCCAAUUGCCCACAAAGGAUGA